AAAUAACGUAGCUUUCAUGAAGACUCGACGACAUGUUCAAAGUCUUCGGAAAUGAUUAAUUAAUUGUUAUAUUAAACUAUUUCUAAAGACCAGAAAAGGAGCACGAAACUACCACUUCAGUUGAUUGCAACUUCUUUAUGUGCUACCAGCGGAAUAUUUGUUUCUUUUUUCUGAAUAAAUAGCCUAUGCCAUUCAAGAUUCUGGCAGAGAAGUUGGGGUCCUGUGCUCUGGUUAAUGUAGUAUUGAUAUCUUUCUUUGAACUCAGAGGAUUUGAUCUUGAAAAUGUCUGCAAAUAGAUUCCUGGAUGAAGGUCCUUCUUACGAGAACCAAUUAUCAGAAGAUGAGAAUGAGGAUGUGAUUCGUGCUAUUGAAUUCUCUCUCCAAGAAUCAAAGGCAAAAGAUAUAUACAUGGGUGAUAUGGAGUUUCCAGAGACUGAUGAUGUAGAAGAACUUGCACAAGCACUGGAAGAAAGCACAUUAUCUUCUACAGACGAGAGCACGAGUACCGGAGGCAGAGAACUGAAAUGGUGGAAACUUUUCAAGGAGUUAAAUCCAUUUGUCCAACCAUCAAAGAGCACUUCUUUCUGGAGAAAGAGUCGCAAGCGGUGCAAUAAACUUGUUUGUGAUGUUUGUGAAGAACAGAUUUGCUCGGAUUGGUUAGUGUGUACCUACUGGCGCCAAACUUUCUGUGAGAAGCAUACAUCUGAUGGAACUCCUCAGUGCCACAGCUGUUCAAGAUUUAAGAUAGGAGAUGUGAAGUAUAUCACCCUGAAUGAUGGUCGGAAACUUUGCCCUGAUUGUCGUUAUACAGCAGUGAUGGAUCCUGGAGACUGCAAGCCCCUUCUUGAAGAAGUGCACAGAUUUUUCAAAGGAUUAAACAUGAAAGUCAGAUAUUACAUUCCAAUUCUGUUAGUUGAUGAAAAAGAGAUGAUCAGAAAUGAUAACAACAAGAGCUCACUUGGCUUGACUAUUUAUGAAAAAUCUACAUUGGACGCCGUAACUUAUGUGUCAAAGUCAAUACAAAAGGGUGAAAAAGUUAAAGUGGUGAAAGAAGUAGAACAUCUGGUUGAAGGACGCAAAGUGAAAGCAAUGCUGCUUUUACACGGCUUUCCAAAGAUGGCCUUGGGAGCAACUUUGGCUCAUGAAAUGAUGCACGCUUGGAUGCGAAUUGAAGGCUAUAGAGGGCUGUCCCUAAACAUCGCAGAAGGUAUUUGUGAAGUUUUCGCUCACAAGUGGCUAGAAUGGCAAUCUUUUACUGGUGAUGACAACAUAAAGGGUACAAGUGACAAUGCUCAGUUCUUGAGAAAUCUGAAAGAGUAUCUGAAAGAAGGAAUAGAAAAAAACCAUUCUGAGGCAUAUGGGCAUGGAUUUAGAGAAGCAAAAUGGGCAGUUGAACGUUAUGGUCUAAGAUCCACGCUGGAACAUAUAUCUCUUACAGGCAUGUUACCUGAAUGACUUAAUUUCGGUCAGUAUAACAUUGUCUUUAUGUUCAACUCAUUCAUCAUUUGGUGGAAACUGAAAAACUGAUGGCUCUUGGACGGACAUUACUGUGAAAUACCUGUAAAGAAAAUUUAUACUUGACUUUGAGACACCAGAUUCAGGUCAUGUAAGUACUUGGUUAAGACAGAUACAGACUGAAGUGAACAUAAAUUUCCAGCAGUCAUGUCAACACUGACCUGUACAACGGACGAAAUAUCCCCUGAUGAUCAGAUGAUAAAUUUGGCUUUUUUGUUAGUUCUAUAUAUAUAUACUAGCUGUUUCCCAAUAUGUUUUAUCGGACUUUCUGCCUUAGAAGAACUUCAUGUGUCAUACAUAGAAUUCUUGAGAUCCUGUCUUUUGUCUGUGAAUUUCUGGAGAUAAAGAUUUCCAAGCAUGCGUGUCAUAAAAGAAAUCCAUUUAGUAAAUUUUUUGGAGCGGGAUUUACUUGCAUCCCAUAAAGAUUACAAAAUUUGCAUGUUCAUCAUACCGUUAUAUGCAUGAUAGUACAGUAGUUUAAUCCAUACCUCUGCUACUACUUGGGGAUUUCAUCACUAAUCAGAAAUACCCCACCUAACCUUGUUUUGCUGGACCAUGUCUACAAUAUAUAUA